CAUAGCAGUAAAGCUGACGUGUCCUUUUCUCAAGCGUUGAUGUGUAAAGAUGGUAUUAGAGCACACAAUACACGACUGCAUGACGUUGUAAGCGAAAAGUGGAAUAUAUUGAAAGAAAGUUACAUUCUAAUGGACAAUUCUUUCCUUGCAAUUUGUACAAUUGAUUAAAAAUUCAUUUGACAUGACUCGGUGCUGUAGUAGCGGUGGUCGUACAGGCGGCGGUAGUUUAUCAUCGCCAUGGUCGGCCCUCUUACCAUUGACCUCCUCACCGGUUAAUUACGUCAUGCUAGCCCUGUUCGUCGUCUGCUCAUUCUUAGCUGUUCCUUCCCACUCAGUGGCUGUUAUUUCUAUCGACUUGGGCAACGAUUUCUACAAGAUUGGACUGGUGAAACCGGGAGUGCCGAUGGAGAUAGUGUUGAACAGUGAGUCGAAGAGGAAGACCCCCACAGUUGUCACUCUCAAGUCUGACGAGAGACUCUUCGGAGACCCCGCCAUGAAUGCGGGAAUUAGAAAGCCAAACACCAUGUUCACACACUUCCUCGACUUGAUAGGCAAGCCCAUAGACCAUCCUACAGUAGAGACAUACAAGUCACGAUUCCCACACCACAAAUUAGUGGCCACAGAAAGAGACACAGUCCAGUUUAAGCUAAACGAAGACGCCUUCUACACAGUGGAAGAACUACUAGCCAUGUUGUUGAAUAACUCCAGAAACUUGGCCAGUGACUUCGCCCAGGACUACGUCACGAGUGCCAUUGUGACUGUGCCUGCUUACUUCACACAAGCGGAGAGGAGAGCUGUGAAAAAUGCAGUGGAGAUUUGUGGUCUGAAGUUACUGCAGCUGAUGUCGGACAAUGCGGCCGUGGCCUUGAACUAUGGUAUCUUCAGGAGGGACGAGUUCAAGGACACCUCCACUCACAUCAUGUUCUUCGAUAUGGGCGCCAGUGCCACCAAGGCUUCGGUAGUGGAGUACAAAACGGAUAAAAUAAUUGAAAAUGGAAAAGCUGAGUUGCAUCCCCACCUCUACAUCAGAGGGUUCGGAUACGACAGAAAACUGGGCGGGUCAGAGUUCGACUUCAGACUGAGGGACUACCUAGCCGAACAGUUCACCAAGCAGAAAAAGACCUCAGUUCCGAUUAAAGAGUCGCCGAAAGCGAUGGCAAAAUUGCUAAAAGAAGCAAACAGAGUUAAGCAGGUUUUGAGUGCAAAUACAGAGCAUUAUGCGCAGGUGGAAGGCUUGCAUGAAGAGCAAGAUUUUAGAUGUCAAGUUACGAGAACUAUUAUGGAUGAGCUUUGCGCAGAUUUGUAUGAACGAGUAAAAGAACCUAUUGAUAUGGCUUUGAAAAUGGCAGACAUUUCAUUGGAAAAUAUAGAAUCGUUCAUAGUUUUCGGAGGAAGCUUCAGGGUUCCGAGAGUCCAAGACAAACUCCUAGAAAUCUUGGAUGGAAAGAAAGAGAUUUCGAAAAAUAUCAACGCAGAUGAAGCAGCAGCGUUAGGCUCAGUAUAUCAGGCUGCGUUUUUGAGCUCGGCUUUUAGAGUGAAACGAUUUGUUGCCAAAGAUGCUUCUGUUUUUCCAAUCGAUGUCUCAUUCGAUAGAGUUUACACCGACGAAAGUGACGGGCAAACAAAAAUAAAAAGUGUAGAUCGAACUAUUUUCAAUAAAAUGAACGCAUAUCCCAUCAAAAAAGCGAUGACGUUUAAUAGAAUGAACGAUGAUUUUUCAUUUUCGAUGAAAUACUCGAAUUUGAAUUUUGUGCCAGAAUCGGAGCUCUCAAGAUUAGGUCCGACUAAUUUGGCGACAGUUGCCGUUAGCGGAGUUAAAGAGAUUUACGAUAAAAAUAUGAAAGAAGAGAAUGUCACCGAUAAAGGGGUUAAAGCACAUUUCAAGCUCGACGAUAGCGGCAUGAUUGAAAUUGUAGGCAUUGAAAGUAAUUUCGAGAAAGUUGUUUUCGAAGAGAAAAAUGUUACCGUAAAAUCAGAGAAAAGCACGAUUGAGAAGUUGACAGAUUCGAUAUCGAAUUUCUUCGGAAACAAAGAAAAGAAAGGCGAAGGAGAGGGAGAGGGAGAGAGUGAUCAACCAUCUGAAGAUAUUCCAGAUGAAAAGCCAGAAAAACAGGAGGAAGAAAAGGAAAAGAAGGACUCAACCGAAACUGAGAAACCGACCGAAAGCAAAGAAACGACUGAAAAUAAAACAUCUUCGAAUGAUACUGAAACUAAAAAUGGAACUGAAGUUCCGACCGAAAUAAUUGAAAAGAAAGUUGAAGAGAAAUUAGUCCCAGUAAAAGAAAAUUUGAAAUUCACAAUUGAAAUUAAAGAUUCAAUUCUGAUGACUGAAGCUGACAUUAAAAAAUCAAAAGAAAAAUUGACACAACUCACUUUGCGUGAUCAGGAAAAAUUAGAAACAGCAAAAGCCUUGAACGAUUUGGAGUCUUUUAUUAUUGGACAACAGGAAAAGUUGGAUGAUAACGAAAAUGCAGCUAAAGUUACUUCGGAAACCGAGCGAGCUGAACUGUUCGGAAAAUUAUCGGCAGCAUCCGAAUGGCUUUAUGACGAAGGAAUCGGACUCAGUUCAGUCGAGUACAAAGCGAAAUUAGCCGAACUGAAGAAAGAAUUUAAGCCCGUUUUCACAAGACUUCAAGAAAUGUCGGAGCGUCCAAAAGUUGUCGCAGCCUUGCUUGAUAUAAUCAACCGAACUGAAACAUUUUUGAAUAUUUCGUCAAAAAUGCCCGAAGAUUCGCAGAUUUUCACACCUGUUGAAAUAGAAACUCUGAACAAGUCUUUGAUAGAAACUCAAGGUUUUUUGAAAGAAAGUUUGAAGACGAUUGAAGAGGCGAAUCCACACGACAUGCCGCCAGUUUUGGUUUCAGAUAUGAAAGCGAAAUACUCAAACUUAGAACGAGAUUUGAUGUACCUAGUGAAUAAAAUGAGAUAUGCAAAACCUAAGCCAAAAACUACAAAAGCGCCGGAGAAAAAUUCCACAGAUGGUCCGGAUGUGGAAGAAGAUAAUGAAGAAGAAGAAGAAAAAUCAGCCGAAGAUUCCGGGGAAAAGAAAACCGAGGCAGAUGAGAAACCAGAGACACUGGAGCUACCUGGCGCGGAUCCGGAGACACCGGAAAGCGCAACUGAACAACCUAACGAACCAUCGGAAAACGACGACUCGACUCCGAGAACUGAUUUGUGAUUUGAAAGAAUUGUAAACUGAAUUGUUGUAACAAAGUGACUUCCAUCACCUGGACUAUUUAAUUGUUAAGGACUUUUCAACUUUUUGUGAAGCAGAUAAAAAUGCUUUGAAGUUGAUUACAACUAAAAAAAAUAACACCAUUAGGAGCUGAAUAAAUCAUUCCAAGAACUCAAGUCCAUCAUUUAUUGCUAAUUUUUGAGAAUAUCGAUGAACCCUGAUUGUUAAACUAGUGAAAGUUUUGGGCUAGUUAUACCUGAAAUUGAACUGUAAAGAAAGCUUAAUGCGUUAAAACACAACCGGUGCUCUUAAAUGUUUUUUCCUGAAAAGCUUAAGAAUUAAUGCAACCUUGCAAGCCUCCCUACUGAAUUUUAUUUAAAGGGUCUUGUCCGUGAUUUGGCCAAAUUUCUUAAUAAUGUCUUCGUAUGUUUCAAAUCCAUAUCGUUAAAAGUUGCGUGUUAUUUAAGUAUCAAUGUAAGUAUUUUGAGGGCUUGUGUAUAAUUUUAUGAUAAUGUUUUCGUUAAUUGAUUUUCCAGAAGUAA